GCGCGCGGUGUGGAGGUGCACUGCAAUUACAGCUGACUGCGGCUCCGAGACGCAGCCACAGAAUAAACACUGAAUAAACACCAUGACAGCCCGAAAAUCCGGCUCGCGGAUAGAGACAGAAAUAGAGAGAUGUCGUUCAGAGGGACAGUGGGACAAAAUCCCCGAGCUCGUGCGGCAGCUUUCUGCUAAACUCAUUUCAACGGAUGAUGUGGGUGAGUUGUUAUUAGGUGAAAUGAAGUUGCAGCAGUUCCUGAAGGAGAACCCAUUAAAACAGAACUGCAGCCCCAGAACGGCUCGCCCUCCGCUGACCGAGGCCCGCUCACACCUCACUAAUGCCCUACAGCGAGGGAACCUCCGGACGGAGCUGCUGCAGGAGGCCAAUGUGCUGAUGGGGAAGCUGUGUUAUGUGGAAGGUGAUUACAGUGAGGCCCUUACUCACUUCAACCGAGUGAAUUUGGACGAUAUGCAACUGAGCAGCGCUCCAAUUUACCGCCUGGCCAUGAUUGCUGAAGCCUAUGCCACCAAGGGUUUGUGUCUGGAGAAGACGUCCACCUCCUGUCCACCGUCCAGCUCUGAGGGAGAUCAGGAGAUCAUCACCUGCUACGAGAAGUCUGGAGAUAUCGCUCUGCUGUACCUGCAGGAAGCUGAGAAGGCUCUAAGCGCUGGAAUGCAGAACCGCAGUCCCAAACCCGGCCCCGUCUCACAGGAACAGGAACUCGGCUUUUUUCUGGAGACGGGACUCCAGCGUGCUCACGUUAUCCACUUCAAGAACGGUAAUCUGACCCAUGGUGUUGGACGGUUUCGAGAGAUUCUCCGUGCUGUGGAAACGAGAACCACACAGAACCUUCGUAUGACUAUAGCGCGUCAGUUGGCGGAGAUCCUGCUCAGAGGGAUGUGUGAACAGAGUUAUUGGAGUCCGCUGGAGGAUCCACCUGCACAGUCUCCACUCGAUGAGCCGCAGUGUACACACACACACCCCGAGUACACACUGCCUCGCCGAGCACGUAUCUACACGGGGGAGAAUCUGUUUUGUCCUCAGGAGAACACAGAAGAAGCUCUGCUGCUGUUACUGAUUAGUGAAUCUAUGGCUAACAGAGAUGCAGUGUUGAGUCGUAUACCUGAACACAGUGCUGAUCGGGUGUUGAGUCUGCAGAGUGCGUCUGUAGUAUACGAUCUGCUCACCAUUGCUCUGGGACGUCGGGGCCAAUACGAGAUGCUCUCUGAGUGUUUGGAGAGAGCGAUGAAGUUUGCGUUUGAGGAGUUCCACCUGUGGUACCAGCUGGCGCUCUCACUGAUGGCAGCAGGAAAGUCUGCGCGGGCGGUGAAGGUGUUAAAGGAGUGCAUGCGUCUGAAGCCAGAUGAUCCCACCAUCCCUUUGCUCGCUGUGAAGCUGUGUAUCGGAAACCUGCACUGGCUGGAUGAGGGUGAGGGUUUUGCUAAGAUGGUUGUAGAGAUGCAGGAUAAAGCAGCAGAGUUCAGGGCAAAGGGCUUCCUCGCACUCGGCCUCGUUUACAGCCUCAAAGCUACAGACGCGUCUCUGAGGAGUGCACAGGAGGAGUAUCAGAAGAAAGCUCUGUCAGCGUUUCAGAGAGCUCAGUCUCUUGCUCCUACAGAUCACCUGGCUGUGUUCUACCUGGCUCUGCAGCUCGCAGUGUCUCGGCAGAUCCCCGAGGCAUUGGGGUAUGUGCGUCAGGCUCUCCAGCUGCAGGGGGAUGAUGUUCAUUCGUUGCACCUCCUGGCUCUGCUGCUCUCCGCUCAGAAGCACUACCACGACGCCCUCAACAUCAUCGAGAUGGCCCUCAGCGAGUACCCCGAGAACUUCAUGCUGCUUUUCACUAAGGUGAAGUUGGAGACGUUGUGUCGCGGCCCUGAAGAAGCUCUGCUCACCUGUAAACACAUGCUGCAGAUCUGGAAAUCCUGCUACAACCUUACCAACCCCAGUGAUUCGGGGCGGGGCAGCAGUCUGUUGGACAGGGCUGUGGCUGAUCGGAGGCAACUGAAUGCCGUCACACUGCCAGACUUCAGUGACCCAGAGACAGGCUCAGUGCAUGCUCCGUCAGUAGCAGCAUCACGGGUGGAGCAGGCUCUGUCUGAAGCUUCCUCUCUGCAGAGCAGCACUCCUAAACACGGACCCCUGCACCCCUGGAUGACCCUCGCUCAGAUCUGGCUACAUGCAGCGGAGGUGUAUAUCGGGAUGAUGAAGCCGGCCGAGGCGAUGGCGUGCACUCAGGAGGCAGCGAGUCUGUUCCCAACAUCCCAUAAUGUCCUGUUCAUGAAGGGCCAAGUGGCCGAGCUCAGAGGAAACCUGGAGGACGCUAAACGCUGCUAUGAGGAAGCUCUGGCUAUAAGCCCCGCCCACAUCCGCAGCAUGCAGAGACUGGGGGUGAUCCUGUACCAGCUGCAGAGGUUCUCGUUAGCGGAGAAGGUUUUGUGUGAAGCCGUACAGCUGUGUUCCUCGUCUCAUUUGGGCUGGCACAGUCUCGCUGAGGUGCUGCAGGCGCAGGGCAACAUGGCCGCUGCCUCCGAGUGCUUCCUCACCGCGCUGCAGCUGGAGGCCAGCAAUCCCAUCAUGCCUUUCACCAUCCUGCCCCGUGCACUCUGAUGCGCACACGCGCACACACACCCCUACCUUCAAACACCGCUGUACAGUGUUACUCCUCUCAGUGUACUGAAGCUCUUAAGUGUAGUGUGUUCAUGUGAAAUGCUGUUCUGUAUAACCCUAACACACACAGUGUUACUAAUCCAUGAUGCAUGUGUGAGGCGCUGUGCGUUCAUGAAUAUUCAUGUAUGUAAAUAUGAAAUAUAUAAUAAAUUUAUAAACACACAGGUUCUGUAUGUAAUUAAGUAAUUUAAUUAGUUGGUUGCCAAUAUUAAUUAACAUCCUCUUCAUGUUCAUGAUAUGAUUAUAAUACUGUAUAAAAGAGUUCUGAUACAUUUCUCUCUCUCUCUCUCUCUCUCUCUCUCUCUAUCUAAAUUAUCUGUUUAAACACAAACGCUACUGAAUCUGUGAGUGAAUCUUUUUAACUGUCCAUUGAAGUGAACUCCCCCAUUAAAUCAAGUUGUGAUUCAUUUGAUUUGUCACUUGACUCGUGCAGAGUUCAGAGACGCGGUGCACUCAUUCAGGGCCACGGUUCAGGCGUUCAGAGACAUAGUGCAGGCGUCGAUGUCAUGGUAUUAUUGUCAGAGAAAUGUGGAAAAGUUUGAAUGCAAGUGUUCACUAGUGAAUCGUUCACAGUGAUGAUUUACUUAAAGGAGUCAUUCAGUUAGAAUGAAUCAUUGUUGUAUCAGACAUCACUACACAACAGUUUAAAAAAAGAUCUGUGUGUUUCCCCCCACUCCAGGGUCAGCUCAUCUGAGCAGGUAACACACACCUCCUGCUCAUCAUCACCUGUCUCAGGUGAGCAGGAAGUAAACACAUAAAGGUCCAUAUCAGAGCAGUAGACAGGUGAUGUCAUCAUUCUAUACACAGACAGAAUCUGCAACAAUGCCAAUAAAAUAAUUCUGUUUCAAACCGCGGGUUAGUGUUUUCUCUCUCACACACAGACACUCUCUCUCUCUCACUCACUCUCUCUCUCUGCUCUCAACACUCAUUCAUCUAUGUAUUCCUGUAUUCAGAGGUCAGGUCAGCUCUCACACAUACACAUACACACACACUGAUGCUGAUGGUGGAAACAUGAGCAAACCCUGUGCCAACUGUCCAUUA